AUGAAGAUCGGAUCCUACGCCUUGGUCUCAUUCCUUUCUGCCUGUCUCUAUCCCACGAAGGUCACUGCAUCUGAUGGGAACCUCUUUACGUACGAUCCCAACUCCCAAAACGGCCCAGAAUAUUGGAAAGACAUCUCUUUCGAUGAUGGCACUGACAAUCAAUGCGGAGGGGACAGAAACAGCCCCAUCGCUGUUGAAAGCAAUGCCUGUGAAACCUUUGAGGAUUACGAACUGACGCCCGGAACUUGCCUUGUUCAAGACUUUGGCUUUGUCGUCAACAAUCAUGCCGAGCAGGUCAAUGCUCCUACUCAACAAGUCUGCGAAACCAACAAGAUGAAGAUCCCGGGUGUGGCGGGAGAAUUUGAGAUGUUGCAGUUUCACAUUCACAUGAACUCGGAGCACACCUUUGAUGGUAGCCACUUUGCAGCAGAACUCCACGUUGUCCAUAGUGAAGUCGGUGGGGAUAGAUUGGCUGUACUCGGAAUGUUCUUCGUCCCCACAGCACUUGAGAGCAACGCGCUUGUAGACGAUCUUCUUCGCGGCUUUGACGCCAUCUCGGAUGAAACCUAUACCGCGUGCAACAUGACUACCCUUCCCCACUGGUGGCAAGAUCAGGACCAGGACCAGGACCACCAAGCGCAAGCUGCAGAUGUGGAUCAAGAAGCUGUGAAACCUCGCUCUGGGUCGACUGUCACUCCCGAGAAUCCCUUCAACGUGUACGACCUCGUCCCUAAAGAAGCAUCCAUGUACUACUACUCUGGAGGCCUUACGACUCCUCCUUGCACAGAGAUUGUGGAAUGGAGUGUGGUGGACAAGCCUGUUGAGAUCACCGUUGCGCAAUACAACGACCUCUCCAGCCUCAUCCUGAACUAUGUGGACCCCACAACGUGUGACUUUGCGACAGUGGCUGAUCCCAAUAGCGGAAGCACGAGCCGCCCUACACAACCUUCGAAUGGUCGGCAUGUGACGCGUAUCUGCCCCGUGGGCUUUGUCGAGGAAGAGAACGUGGACUUGGACUUGGAAUCGGCGAGCAGUGGAAGAUUCUCUGUGCCGACAUGGAGUUCGUUCCAUGUCUUGACCACCAUGUUUGUUGGAGGCUGGGUUGCCCGUCGCUUCUAA